GGAAGGCGCAGACGGAUCCCUUGUCGACCUAGAAGAGCGGUCUCGACGGCCGCGUGUCCACGAGAACGAUUCAACCAACAGUUUACACGGAUUAUUAAUCCCACGUUGAUCGAAGGCGUACGUGCUAGUCGCGUCCAUGGCUGGCUUAUAAUUGCACGUGGACGUUGGUUUCCAAGUUCCAUUUUCAUCCCGCGGGACGCGCCAUGAAGACCAGCUCGUCGUCGCAGGCGCUCUUCCCCGCCGCCUCGUCGCUGUGCACCCCGUACCUCCUCCUCGUGCCCCUCGGCCUCCUCGCCGCGGUGGUCGUCAUCCCCAGCCUCGGCUCCUCCCACGUCCGCUCCGACGGGCUCGGCGUGCUCUGCCCCAGCCUCCGCACCGACGGCUACUCCGUCGCGUCGGGAGCCGAGAAGGUCGUCUCCGCGGCGGCGGCGGCGGCGGCGCAGCCGGAGUUCAGGCUGCUCGUCGGGGUGCUGACCACGCCCAAGCGGUACGAGCGGCGGGACAUCGUGCGGCUGGCGUACGCGCUGCAGCCGGCGGUGCCCGCGUACGCGCAGGUGGACGUGCGCUUCGUGUUCUGCGGCGUGGACGACCCGGUGGAUCGGGUGCUGGUGGCGCUGGAGGCCGCGCGGCACGGCGACGUCCUCCUGCUCAACUGCACCGAGAACAUGAACGACGGCAAGACCCACCAGUACUUCUCCUCCGUGCCGCGGGUGUUCGCGGGCGCGCCCUACGACUACGUGAUGAAGACCGACGACGACACGUACCUGCGCGUGGCCGCCAUGGCCGAGGAGCUCCGGCCCAGGCCCCGCGACGACCUGUACCUCGGCUACGGCUUCGCCGUCGGCGACGACCCCAUGCAGUUCAUGCACGGCAUGGGGUACGUCGUCUCGUGGGACGUCGCGACCUGGGUGUCCACCAACGACGAGAUCCUCCGGCACAACGACACCCACGGCCCCGAGGACCUCCUCUUCGGCAAGUGGCUCAACAUCGGGCGCAGGGGCAAGAACCGGUACAGCCUCAGGCCGCGGAUGUACGACCUCAACUGGAACAUGGACAACUUCCGGCCGGACACCGUCGCCGUGCACAUGAUCAAGGACAACCGCCGGUGGGCGGCUGCCUUCAGAUACUUCAACGUCACCGCCGGGGUCAGGCCGUCCAAUCUGUACCACUUGCCCUGAUCGAUCAAGGGGUUUAGAUAUUUCCAUUUUUUAAAGUAACCUCGCCGUGACGUGGUUGACUGUGCCACGGAAGUGUGUACGCGAUUCACAUUCUUUUCCGCUAUUUAUUUAUAUUAUUGAUUACCUGAUU